CUCACCCCCUUCCGGUCCAGAUUGCAGUGAGUGAGCGAACUAAACACGGGAAUUUGUGUUGUCAAGUGACAAAGACUGGGUUUGUCGAUUAUUUCGCUUUUUGUUUUUUUUUUUUUUUUUUCGUUUUUGCAGGAAUCCUGUGAGCUGAACUUUUCCUCCAAUUCUCUCCCCUAUCCUUCACCUUGAGCUUCUUGAAUUGUUUUCGUUUCGAUAACGAUGGAGGAGAAGAAGAGGUCGACCCCCUUGGUGUUGAAGCGGAACGGGCAGGUGUUGGGUAUCAAAAAGCCCGCCGCAGGCUCGAUCUCUAAAAAGCAGAAUUCUCAUGCACUUGGCAACACUUGCACCUCGUCUUCGCCGCCUUGCACCUACAGAGGCGUGCGGAUGCGCGCGUGGGGGAAGUGGGUCACCGAGAUCAGAGACCCCGCCAGCAGGACGCGAAUCUGGUUGGGAUCCUUCUCCACUGCCGAAAUGGCAGCCCGCGCUUACGAUGCCGCGGUUGUGUGCCUCAAGGGUCCAUCGGCUCCGGAGUUGAACUUCCCCAAUUCCCUCCCAAACUUCAUUCCUGAGGUUCGAUCGCCGAAGGACAUUCAAGCUGCGGCAGCUGCUGCUGCCACUGCUUCGGUGUCCCCCGCGAUCCCUCUCGCCGUCGGGACCGCCCCACCGACUCAGACUCAGGCCUUAAAUGAUGUACAGGAUGAAUUAGCAGAUGAGUUGACGAGCAUGAUAAGUAGUGCUUCAUCAGAGCAGGACUCGAAUAACAUGGCGUUCGGAGAGGAUGCAAUUGCUGCAUUCCAAGAGCAGCCCAACAGCAGCCCUUCAAGCAGCUCCUCAACGAUCACUUCAGCAGUGGAGGCUUUUGUGAAUUGGGAAUUUGCGGAGUAUGAGGAAUCCAAGCAUCAUGGGAUUGAUUUGUGUCAAGGGUUGAUGCGGGGGGACAGCAAUGUGAUCGAAUUCUAUUAUCCGAGAAUAAAUGGGAACUCGCAAGAUGACAAGGUUGGAUGGAAUACAGCAUCUUACGACUUUUCGGUAGCCUACGAACAAAGCCUUUGGUGCUUCUCCUAAUAGUUCGACAGACAAAAGAGGAGAAAAGUGUGUUUUAUUUUAGUUGUAGGGAAAUACAUUUUCCUCUCCUGGAAGUGAAUCAAAAAGUGAAAUCAGAGUGUACAGAAAAAAGAGGUGUGGCAACAAUUUUGGAAAACAGUGAUUGCAGUUUCAGUGCCGCCACAGAACCGCUCCACUGGUUGCCCCCAUUUAGUUACUUGAGGUAGUUAGAGUAGAUCACAUGUGAGAGUAGCUUCUCAAAGCAUGUUUCCCACCCGGUUGCUUUUCGAAUGAAUGAAUUCAAGCAAGAAAUCUUGCCAUCUCUAUCAAUUCCGGGUUCCACCUCGUAGCGUAACCACAGCGUGAGCGUCAUGGACUUCGUUGCAGACACAGACCAUAUAACUCACAAGCAUCCAAUUCUUUAAUAAAGCACUUCUAUCCUCAUCCUCCCUGAAAAUUAUUCUAUUAUCAGAUUGGAUGCAUGUACCUACUUACAUACAUAAUAAAAGGCGUUUCUUUUUC